AGGUGAAUAUGGACUGAACAAUAAAAAAACAGGAAAUCGGAUGGCUACUUGGAAAGGAGUCGACAUUCCAUAAGUUGGCGAAUAUUACGAAAGGAUUGAAGCAAGGUUAAUUGAAAGAACUUAUAAAAAAUGAUUGGAAGUAAAAAUUAUUUAUUUAAUAUAAAAAAUAGUAAAGCAUAAGCAUAUGAAUUUGGAGAAUACUUAAACAAUAAUAAAAUUAGAAGGUGGAUAUACAUCUAUGAAAAAAAAACGAUGUACAAUGAUUUAUAAUAAAAUAUUAGUGGUGGAGGAUUUUAUGAUGAAUAAAAUUAAAAGAAUGGUAAGUGGACUGAAUUGAGUGAUGAAUUCAGAAGGGUUUCGUAAGUUCUUUAUAAUGGCGAGUAUAGGAAUGGAAAAAAGGUUGGCAGAUGGGAUAGUUUCUUCAGGGAGGAAGAAAAAGAAAAUUUUUUAGAAUUGUAAAUAAUAAAGAAAAAGUUUAGUGUUGGUGGAUUAUAUGCUGAUUAGAUGCAGGGAGAGUCAACCAAAAAUGGGAAAUGGGUUGAGUUGAACAAUGGAUUUGAAAAGUUUUCUUAAAUCACUUAUAAUGGUCAGUAUAAAAAUGGUAAAAAGGUUGGUAGAUGGACAGCUUUUUAUAAGGAUCAUGGAAAAGUAAAUUUUGAAGAAAUGUAUUAAUAAAUAAAAGCCUAGUGGUUGUGGAUGCUACGCUGAUUAGAUAGAAGGAGAAUCAGUUAAAAUAGGGUAGUGGAUUGUGUUGAGCGAUUAGUUUGAUAAGUAUUCUUAAGUCACUUUAAUUGGUGAAUAUUAAAUGGGAAAAAGGAUGGUAAAUGGGAUAUUUUAUAUAUGGGAGAAAAAAUGUAAUUUUUAACUUAUAAUGUUAUUAAAACUAGUGGUGGAGGAUCAUAUGUAACUUAGAUAGAAGGGGAAUCCAUGAAAAAUGGAAGAUGGAUUGAGCCAAGUG